AUGGAUACCGAAAAAUCAGAACUAGCGGAACGCAUCGCACAGACUGGAUCAGAGAUCAAUUGGAAGGCAGCAGAAAGAAGGGCCUCAUACGGGGAAAAAACAAGGAAGCGAAAGACUAUUGAGGCCAGUGACAUCCUUGGGGAGAAAAAUCUAAUGAACAAGAGAUUGGAGGGAGCUAAUGAAGUUGAUGAAGUGCUCAGUAGCAUUGCUGCACACAGAAAUGGAUCAGUCUCUUCCUCCCGAAAUAUUACGCCCCGACGACGGGCCUAUGAGCCUCCACUUACUAACGUCUACACUAUUCAAUGGUUUCUAACUUUGUUCUCAACCACCCUGCCCCCCGAAGCAGUCUUGCGUGUAUGGGACAGCGUGCUUCUCGAAGGUUCCGAGGUGGGACUACGCACCGGGCUGGUCAUCUUUUCUGCAAUUUCGAAGUAA